AUGUAACUCUUGCCAACAAUUAGUUUUCUCCUCAAUCAUUCAUUUCCACAUAUGACAUAUUCCUUUAUAUUCAUAAUCUUAGCACAGAAGUUGUACACGUACUUCUAGCGUAAGGAAAUUGAAUCACUUCUCCUUUUCUCUCUCGAAAAUGGUUUUGGUGCAACAAAAUGGAGGCAAAGAUGGAGAGAGUGAUAAAACUCUGGUGGAUUUUCGAGGAAAGCCAGUCGAUAGGUCACGAACUGGUGGAUGGCUGGCGGCCGGUCUUAUCUUAGGGACUGAGUUAUCUGAGAGAAUUUGUGUCAUGGGAAUAUCGAUGAACUUGGUGACUUAUUUAGUAGGAAUCUUGCAUCUUUCAUCUGCACAAUCUGCAAACAUUGUGACAAACUUCAUGGGAACUCUCAAUCUUCUAGGCCUCCUUGGUGGUUUCUUGGCAGAUGCUAAACUUGGCCGUUAUUUGACAGUUGCAAUCUUUGCUUCUAUAACUGCUUUGGGAGUAACAUUAUUGACAUUGGCCACAAGCAUUUCUAGCAUGAGGCCUCCUCCGUGCAGUAACUCGAGGAGACAGCAGUGUAUCGAGGCCAGCGGCAGGCAACUAGCUAUGCUUUAUAUCGCUCUCUAUACAAUAGCAUUGGGAGGCGGUGGAAUCAAAUCAAAUGUCUCUGGUUUUGGUUCUGAUCAGUUUGACAUAUCAAAUCCUAAAGAGGAGAAGGCAAUGAUCUAUUUCUUCAAUAGAUUUUAUUUCUCUAUUAGCCUUGGAUCCUUGUUCGCCGUUACAGUUUUAGUGUAUAUACAAGACCAUGUAGGCAGAGGAUGGGGAUAUGGAAUAUCGGCUGGGACGAUGAUUAUAGCUGUUGCUAUAUUGCUGUGUGGGACGCCUUUAUACCGAUUUAGGAAGCCUCAAGGUAGUCCUUUAACUGUCUUGUGGAGGGUCAUUUUCUUGGCUUGGAAGAAGAGGACCCUUCCUUAUCCUUCUCAUCCCAGCUUGUUGAAUGAAUAUUACAACACAGAAGUUCCCCACACCGAACGACUCAGUUGUCUAGACAAGGCAGCAAUCAUGGAUGAUCAUGCAAUUGCCACUGAAAACAGAGACAAUCCUUGGAAAGUUUCAACAGUUACACAAGUUGAAGAAGUGAAAAUGGUACUUAAACUUAUACCCAUAUGGUCCACUUGUAUACUCUUCUGGACAGUAUACUCUCAGAUGAAUACAUUCACCAUUGAACAAGCAACCUUCAUGAACAGGAAUGUUGGAAGUUUCGUUAUUCCUUCCGGCUCCUUCUCCUUCUUUCUUUUCAUCACCAUUCUUCUGUUCACAUCCCUUAACGAAAGAGUCGUGGUACGCAUUGCUAGAAAAAUCACCCAUAAUGUCCAAGGAAUCACGAGCCUUCAAAGAGUAGGAAUUGGACUGGUAUUUUCAAUCAUCGGCAUGAUAGCUGCUGCACUUGUAGAAAAGAAAAGAAGAGAAAAUGCCACACAUCAUAUUAUCAAUAUAAGAGCUUUCUGGCUUGUCCCUCAGUUCUUCCUCGUGGGAGCCGGUGAAGCAUUUGCAUACGUCGGUCAGCUGGAAUUUUUCAUUAGAGAGGCACCCGAAAGGAUGAAAUCAAUGAGCACCGGCUUAUUCCUCAGCACACUCUCAAUGGGUUAUUUUGUGAGUAGCCUGCUGGUUUCUCUAGUCGAUAAAGCAACAAAAGGAACCUGGCUAAGGAGCAAUCUCAAUAAGGGAAAAUUGGAAAAUUUCUACUGGAUGCUUGCAGUUCUUGGAGUGAUAAAUUUCUUGGUGUUUUUGGCCUUUGCAAUGAGUCAUCAUUACAAGGUGCACAAUUAUGAUGGCCCUGCCGCUCGAGACGAAGAGCUCAAGAAUGGGAAGGAGAUGUCAAUUAAACAAGGGGAAAACAAAUUAGAUGAGGCGAAGGAAGAACCUUAGUUUGUAGACUGGUUGCUCCCCUCUAUAUUUUCUAAAGAAUCAAGAUGAAAGUUGUGUUCAAAUAUUUACAAGAGAUUUAUAAUCAUCCCAAGCAUACUCUAAUUUAUUCUUAUUCAUCUCUGUAAUGUUUUGUUGUUUUUAA